AUGAAGUCAAGUGCGCUUUUCAACAAGACCCAGCAAGAUGGCAUUGAUACUGCCAUUACAGCUCCGGAUGAGGUGGCCGAUAUUGGAGGCAAUGGCGCUUUGAUUGAUGCUGAUGAGAAUGGCAGCGAUGAUGACGAUGAAAGUACUAAUGGCAAGGCCAGCAACAAGCUCUUUUUGGUUGGGUUGCCUCUGGCCCUCCUUUCUCUGGCUGUCAUUGUAUUGACCCAGUUGGGAGAUCAAAAUAUUGCUGGUGUGUCCCCUCACAAUCUAAACCUCAAGCGAGGUCAACCAACCCUUAUCAAGGGCGUCCCUGAUGCUGGUGCUGUAACCCGCCACCUACUCCAGAGGGAGUUGUUUGGGACGAUGGUUAAGGUCAAGGAUGAUAGGGAAGAGGACGAUGGAGAGGAGGAUGAUUUAGGAAGAUAUUACCUAGGGCUGGUUUCCAGAGCGGAUGUUGAUUUGGCCUUGAAAAGGAACCAAGAUACUGGUGAAGAAGUUGACGUGGAAGUUGAAAUCAAAGGAAAGACGUAUUUUAAUCGUCUGGACGUGAAGAACAUCAGGAAGCGCAUUCACAAGGUAAAGCGUGGAGGUGGUCUCAAGUACCCUGGUCGUUCGGCAGAACUUGCCAAGAAAGAAGCGGAGGACCUUCUCAAGGAUAUUAAAGAUCUUCAAAAGCAGACCAAGCAGGACCUUCUCAAGGACUUUGGGAACAUUCGCAGGCUGGGCGAAGGCUAUACUGAUCAGUUUACAGAUAUCAAGGUUGAGCAAUUCGGAGACCAAUUGUUUCAGUUGGAAUGUAAUGAUGUUGAGUGCGAAGUUUACUCUGAUGGUCCCCUUCAAACUAACAAUCGAAGGCGGCUGUCCGCAACAUGGAUUUGGGAUGAACAGUGUGAUUCUGACAGUGACUGCCCUGCUGACAGCACCUGCUAUGAGCCCAGCUACACAUCUGGUGUUUCCAGCUCCUACUACAACAAGUGCACUUGCUCUGAGAAAAAAUAUGUGGAGAUUGCUGGGAAGCCUCUGGUCCACCGAGCUACCUUUACUCACUGGCUGACUUCUCCAGUUCGCUUCUUCUGCCUCCAUGUGAAUGGAAAUGCUUGCGCUCUAGACAUGGAUGGAGAAGCGUUCUUCCCCCUUUCCAAGGCUGUCGACGAUAUCUACCAUACAUUGAAGAAUGCUGGUCUUGAGGGUGUGACCAUGAUGGUAGUUUCUGUUGCUGGAAUGUUGGUCUACGCUUUUGAGCAGACUUUCAAGGCUUUGUGGCUUCCCCUUUUGGUGGUUUUGGUUGCUGUGUCCUUCAUGCAGAAACAGCAGGUCGUCACUACCCCUUACCAGUUCCGGUUGGCCAACAAGAGCAAGAAGGUGGACUAA